CUCUCUCUCUUCCAUUGCUUACUCUCUCUCUCUCUCUCUCUCUCAAACUUCGUCUCCAAAAACAGCUGAAGUGACCCAUCAGUGUCUGUAAAAAAAAAAAAAAAAAAAACCACAAAACCCAUUUAAUUCUUUCAGAUCGGCCGGACUCCGGCAUGGAUACUCGCCGGACUUUCAAGUUCCGGCCACCGCUGAGUGUCAUACCCGGUUAAAUGCAACAACAACGCCGUCGUUUUAUCAACUUUGCUGUUCUGUUCCUCAGCGGUGGCAACAACGACGACGACGACGAUGAUGAUUAUGAUGAGGGACUACUUAGUUUAGAAAAAAAAAAUCCAUCAAAAACAAAACCCAGAAUUUUUCCUCCCAAAAAAAAAAAAAAAAAAAAAAAUCUCUCAAAAACUUGGUUCGUACUGUUUCUCACUCAGGUUGUGUACAAUGGCGGCAACUAAUACCAGUACUAACCCAGUGGGCGUGGAGUCAUCAGCAGCAGUGGUAGUUUCAGCUUCAGCUUCAGCACAAGCUUCAGCUGACGAGCUCACUGCGAAAGCUGUUCACAAACGCUAUGAAGGUUUGAUGAUGGUACGGACGAAAGCUAUAAAAGGGAAAGGGGCUUGGUAUUGGUCUCACUUGGAACCCAUGCUCGUCCACAACAACGAUACUGGUUUACCCAAGGCGGUCAAGCUCAGGUGCUCCCUAUGCGACGCCGUUUUCUCCGCCUCCAACCCAUCCCGCACCGCCUCCGAGCACCUCAAGCGCGGCACUUGCCCAAAUUUCAACUCCGUAGCCAAACCCAUUUCCUCAAUUUCCCCUUCCUCCGCUAAUAUUGCAGCUUCGCCUUCCUCUGCUUCCGUACAUCACAACCACCGCAAGCGCAGCUCUUCUUCUUCUGCUGGUGGUGGUGGUGUUGUUGGCUCGGCUCCUCCGCCGUACCACCAUGUUCCUCCGCUGGCUAUAGUGGAUCCGUCUAGAUUCUGCGGCGAGCUCGGUUACUCGCCGACGUCGAUGUCAGCGUCUGCGGCGACGACUGUGGUCGCGGUGAGUGGUGUUGGUGGUGGGUCUUUGCUUUCCCAUCAGCAACAACAGCAUUUGAUGUUAUCGGGUGGUAAAGAUGAUUUGGGAGCUUUGGCUAUGCUCGAAGACAGUGUGAAGAAGCUCAAAAGUCCUAAAACUUCACCUGGACCUGCUCUGAGCAAGACCCAGAUAGAUUGUGCGCUCGAUUAUCUCGCUGAUUGGGUCUAUGAGUCUUGUGGGUCGGUUUCGUUUUCGAGUCUUGAACAUCCCAAGUUCAGAGCUUUCCUUAACCAGGUCGGCUUGCCGGCGAUUUCACGGAGGGAGUUCACAAGCUCGAGAUUGGAUAUCAAGUUUGAGGAAGCCAAGGCAGAGUCAGAGGCCAGAAUCAGAGACGCCAUGUUCUUCCAAAUUGCUUCGGAUGGUUGGAGACCGAGGAAUCAUGGAGUUUUUGGUGAAGAUAGUUUGGUGAAUUUGACUGUGAAUCUUCCAAAUGGGACUAGUCUGUACAGGAAGGCAGUGUUUGUUAGUGGGUCUGUGCCUUCGAAAUAUGCAGAGGAAGUAUUUUGGGAGACAGUCGCAGGCAUUUGUGGGAAUGUUGUGCAACAGUGUGUAGGAAUAGUAGCAGACAAGUUUAAAGCCAAAGCAUUGCGGAACUUAGAGAAUCAGAAUCACUGGAUGGUUAAUCUUUCUUGUCAGUUUCAGGGUCUGAGUAGUUUGAUUAAAGAUUUCAGCAAGGAACUACCCUUGUUUAAGACUGUCACCGAGAAUUCUUUCAAGCUUGCGAAUUUUGUUAAUAACAAAUCCCAGGUUAGAAAUAGUUUCCAUAAAUAUCAAUUGCAGGAAUAUGGUCAUGCCGGUUUAUUAAGAGUACCACUUCGCCAGUAUGAAAGCAUCAACUUUGAACCAGUAUAUGUCAUGCUCGAGGACAUACUGAGUUCCUCUCGAGCUCUUCAGUUAGUUCUGCUAGAUGAAGCUUAUAAGCUAGCGUCCAUGGAAGACCCAGUUGCUAGAGAAAUUGCUGACAUGAUUGGUGAUGUUGGGUUUUGGAAUGAACUCGAAGCGGUUCACUCUUUGGUCAAAUUGAUCAAAGAGAUUGCUAAAGAUAUAGAGACAGAGAGACCACUAGUUGGGCAAUGCCUACCAAUUUGGGAUGAUCUUAGAUCGAAAGUCAAAGAUUGGUGUGCUAAGUUUAGAAUUGUUGAAGGACCGGUUGAGAAAGUGAUUGAAAGACGGUUCAAGAAGAAUUAUCAUCCAGCUUGGGCUGCAGCAUUCAUACUUGAUCCACUUUACUUGAUUAGAGAUACAAGUGGGAAGUUCCUACCGCCAUUCAAAUGCUUAACGACCGAGCAAGAGAAAGACGUGGACAAGCUCAUAACCCGGCUUGUUUCGAGAGAAGAAGCGCAUAUUGCGCUAAUGGAGCUCAUGAAAUGGAGAACAGAAGGUCUUGAUCCUGUAUAUGCAAGAGCAGUGCAAAUAAAGGAAAGAGAUCCAGUAACCGGGAAGAUGAGAAUUGCCAAUCCACAAAGCAGUAGGCUUGUUUGGGAAACAUAUCUCAAAGAAUUCAAGUCAUUGGGAAAAGUUGCAGUGAGGCUAAUCUUUCUUCAUGCAACUUCGUGUGGAUUCAAAUGCAAUUGGUCAUUACUGAGGUGGGUUUCAGCUCAUGGACAUUCAAGAGUUGGUAUGGAAAAGGCUCAGAAACUAAUAUUUCUUGCAGCUCAUUCUAAGCUUGAGAGGAGAGAUUUUUCAUGUGAUGAAGAUAAAGAUGCAGAGCUAUUGGCAUUAGCAAAUGGUGAGGAUGAUGUGCUAAAUGAGGUUCUUGUUGAUACAUCCUCAGUGUAACAAUUUUUAAUUUUUUUUUUUUUCCCUCUCCCCAAGUAGAAAUUUUAAAAAUUUGUAGGAUUUAUUGAAUUCUUUUCCACUACUAUUUUUUUUUCUUUUUUCUUCUUUUUUUUUUUUUUUUUCUUUUUUUUCUUUUUUUACUUUGUACCUGUUUUUACUUACUUCUUUAGAAGAUUUUGAAGGGGAAGUAAGGUGGGGAAGAAAGAGAAAUCGCUACUGGUUUUAGGGGGGAUUGAAUUUUGUAAGUACUGCAUGGUCUAAUUAUUGAUCAACUUGCCCAUCUUCCAUCCCUAGCAUGAUUUUGGAGUUCUUCUUUUUUUUUUUUUUCCUUUUUUUUCUUUUUUUUUUAAAUUGGGUUUGCUGAAAAAGAAAAUCUCUCGUUUGUGAAGAUAGAGAUGCUGCACAAAGAGAAGUUACAGACCAGGGAAGGAUAUUGUAAAAUUUUGUACCUCCAAGUACGAAAUAAUAUUAUUUAUAAAGGGGAAGGUUUUAUUAUUUCUCCUUUUGU